AUGCCGAAGGAACCAAGACUCACCAUCGCGCAACCUAACCGCAAGAGCCCAAUGGCACCACCAAGUAUUACCAAAACUACCUUCACCUGCUGCGUAUGCCAGGAGGACCAUCAAGAAGUCGAACCUGUCAAGAUCCAGGGCGACUUUCUCUGCAAGCAAUGCUUCGACGACGGCAUCAAACCACAAUUCUUCCGAGCAGCCGCCAACGAGGCCGACUAUCCAGUCCGCUGGGGCGGCAAGGCUGUGGACAUCGCGCCUCUUCGACACCAUUUCGACAGAGCAUUCCUCAAGGCCUGGACGUAUAAGACGAAAGAAUACUCGACACCAGGCAAUGAGCGUCUGUACUGCGCCGGCACGGCAUCCUCGCAGCCAUGUGGCGCAUUUCUUGGUCCACAAGCCAAGCAUCGCUCGACGAAGAAGUGCGGCAUCUGUCAGUAUUACACCUGUGUCGACUGCAAAGCCAGCUUCGGCUCCAAUCCUCUCAACCACACAUGCAGCGAGCCAGCCCAAGCAACAGACCCGUUCGAUGACUUAGAGCGAGGCAAGGAAUAUCAGAAGUGCCCUGGUUGCAAUACGCCAGUCGAGCUACAGGAUGGAUGUAAUCACAUCACCUGCCAGAUGGGGAAUUACGACACCCACUUCUGCUUUCUCUGCGGUGCACAAGCAACUCAUGAGGAUGGACAUUGGGCAGUCGGAAAGCCUUGCCCCCUUUACAACAGACCGGGCGAGGCGAACGCACAGUAUGACGCAGUUCAGGAUGAGGACGAGGAUGAGAUGUUGCACGUUGAAGCGACCCUUGACCUGAUCGAAGAGGCCAUUGCUGAUUUGGACGCCAACAACGACACCGACACAGACUCACCAGAAGUCAAGCUCCGGCGCAGUGACAGACGCUGGAUUGUGGCGCUUAGUCGCACCCUUUCUGACGAGCAUGAAGAGGCUGUGGCAGCUGGCCAAGAACCACAUGCUGGAACUCAGGCGGUAAUGUCUCUGCUGAAGUCGCUGAAAAAGAUGGUUGGGCACUACACUAUUCACCUCGAGCAAGAUGAGAUAAUGCGGGACGUGAAGCAGGAGAUCUUGAACGCUGUGACAGCAGCAUCUGCCGCCCAGCUUACUGCGAUUCCGGAAGUGGACUACACUCGCUACCAACGCCUCCGUCUCGUCGUUGUUACUGUCACAGCAGCUACUAGGGGUGAGGACAUGGCGGCGAUCGCGGCGGCGAGGCUGGCCGAAUUUUGA